UCGUAAAAGCAACAAUGAUUGUCCAUAUUUGUAGCAACCAUUUGUUCACCAACCAUACUCCUCCCCACUCAAAUAAAAGCCUCCUUUCUGUCUUCCUCUUCACCAUCUGCCUGGGGAAAUCCAGAAAAUGGAUGGUGUUGGCCGCCUGUAUUUGGAUACAGGCAUUUACAGGGACGAACAUCGACUUCUCGUCUUAUUCCUCGGAUUUGAAGCUCGUAAUGGGGUUGUCACAGGUGCAGCUCAACUACCUAUCCAUGGCCUCCGACUUGGGGAAGCUCUUCGGUUGGUGUUCUGGCGUUUCCCUUCUAUAUUUCCCUGCAUGGCUCGUUCUCUUCAUCGCUGCUUUCAUGGGAUUCUUGGGCUACGGUCUUCAAUGGCUUGUUAUUCAAGAAACCAUCAUUUUGCCCUUUUUCUCGGUAUUCCUGCUGUGUCUGCUCUCGGGCUGCAGUAUCUGCUGGUUCAACACGGUCUGUUAUGUUCUGUGCAUCGAGAAUUUCCCGGGUAGUAGGGCUUUUGCGUUGUCCCUCAGUGUCAGUUUCAGUGGUAUCAGCCCGGCUUUAUACAACGUAACGGUUAAGGCUAUAAACUCUGAGAAUCACGCUCUCUACCUUCUCCUCAACGCCACUUUGCCCCUCAUCACGUCGAUAGCAGCACUCGUCCCGAUCCUCCGGCAGCGCCCUCCUCAAGACGCUGCUCGGAAGAUUGAUUCUCGGGAAUAUGGCGUCUUUCUUUGUCACACUAUACUUGCAGCUUUCACUGGCCUCUAUCUGCUCGUGCUAAAUUCGGUCUCGUACAGUACAACAACCGCACAAAUCCUCCUUGCCGGGACCAUAUUCUUGUUGGUCCUUCCAGCAUUUACACCAGAAACCGUCCUUCCUACGAGUUAUCAUUAUCAGCAAUUGAGUUCCCAGUCUAUUGACACCGAUAAUCUUGAAAUCAACAAACAACUCACCGGAGACAAUGGUGCAAACGCUAAGGAUUCAAGACACAACUCCUGCAGUUCCAAAGAACACAUAAGAGAUGAAACAACGAGUACUAAGCAUUCAACACGGGAUUUGUAUAGUUCCAAAGAUCAUUCAGUGAUCCUGGGAGAGGAGCAUUCCGCCACUGCACUCAUCAGCAGCCGGGAUUUUUGGCUCUAUUACAUAGCAUAUUUCUGCGGGGGAACAAUCGGGCUGGCUUACAGCAACAAUCUAGGCCAAGUUUCUCAGUCACUCGGGUAUAAUUCAGACGUUACCGAGCUGGUUGCAGUCUAUUCAGCCUGUUCGUUCUUCGGGCGCUUGCUUUCAUCCGCCCCAGACUUCCUGCGCCAAAAGAUAUACUAUGCAAGGACCGGAUGGCUUGCGUUUUCACUAGUCCCAAUACCAAUUGCAAUGUAUCUUCUCGUUUCAUCAGGAAGCAACGCAGCAUUAACAUUGGCCACAGCUCUAAUCGGACUGAGUUCCGGGUUUGUAUUCUCGACAGCAGUGUCAAUCACAUCAGAGCUGUUUGGCCCCCAUAGCACCCGGGUCAAUCACAACAUUCUCAUCACUGGCAUCCCCCUCGGGUCACUACUCUACGGCCUUCUUGCAGCUCUAGUCUACGAAACAAAUCUACGGGAAACAAAUCAUUUCACUCUGUCCGAUAGACCCAAGGUUUGCAUGGGAAGAAAAUGUUACACCGAGACAUUUAUGUGGUGGGGAUGCAUCUCCAUGUUCGGGUUGGUUUCCAGUGUACUUCUUUAUUUAAGAACCAAACCCGCUUAUGAGCGUGUGGAGAGGGAUAGAAUGUGCACACAGUUUUUGUAACGAGCCUUAUAUUUUUUGAA